AUGCAGGCGGAUAAGGGUUGCUGGACUUGCAAGCAGAGAAAGAUUGGCUGUGACAAAAGCAUUCCGCACUGCGAUAAUUGCGUCCGAACGAGGAGAGAGUGUGCUGGCUACGGGAUUCGCCUGAACUGGCCUGACCAGCUUCGCAGCAGGGAGAAAGAUCUAAUCGUUUGCCCCGUGGUAGAGAUAGCGAGUGCUCAAGAGCACCCCCAGACUCUUGGGACUAGGUUCCUCAAUACCACUCACAGACACUUCCGCUUGGCGACCAAGCGACGCGUCACGUGGCAUCAGGUCAUGCACCGAGCAUCUGUUGGACCAGUCGCUUCUGUUACCCUUUACUCACCCCAGCUAGAUGAAGACGGCAUGCUCCUGGUUUACUACGAUCAGAUCAUAGCGCCAAUGUGCUCAACGACCCGGGCGGCAAAUGGCUUUCGGUGUCAUAUCCUUCCAAUGGUGUUAUCUUCUCGGGAUGAAUCCACGCAAGCCUUGUGCAGCGCGAUUCUAGCGAUCGCAGCUCAUCAUCGCCAAGGAGCCGACGCCGCGUCAAGUCACAAGAUUAAGGCGAUCCACGGACUAUACAAGACUCUCGACAACUCUUCUCUCAGUGCCGAAACUCAUGUGGCUACUACAAUGAUGCUGUGCAUGUACACUGUAUUUGAUGAAAAUGAGGCUCAGUUCCAAUUACAUCUAAACGGUGCCAAGCAUAUGCUGAUGAACUCAACGUCAUACCAGCGACGUCAACCCGUGUUCCAGUUUCUGAUGGGGUGGAUAGUUUAUUACGAUACUCUCAGCGAGUUCGCACAGCCUCACAGGAGCACUCUCAAUGACUUUGGCCAACUUGAACAUUCCGGCAAGCUGCAGACUAUGCCUGGCGAGGUCAUCGGUCUAUUUGGCUGCUCUGUCGAGGUCUUUGACAACAUAUCGUCUAUCAACCAAAUACGCACAAUGAUCCUGAAGUCGGAGAGGAGCGACAUCAAGAGAAAUAUAGAACAGUUCAGGAUCGUCUUGCAAGAGAAGCUGGAGAGCCUAGUACACUUCCUAAGCCCUGACGAAGUUGCACACUCGACGAGCGCCCAGAUUCGAGAUGCAUUAGCCACUGCGGAAUUGUAUCGCUUGGCAAGUCUGCUAUACCUCCAGCGUGUCGUUCCUGUCGCAGGCGACGAGAAGAAGAGAAUUAGCUACUUGGAACAGGCAUACGCAGCGAUGAAAGAAGUGCGUGUAGCGACAAGCCCCUGGCCAGUGUUUAUUUUCGCAUGCGAAACGCGUUCGGAAGAACAGCGCAUUUACAUACUUGACAUCCUGGACCGCAUGGACAAAAUUAGGAAUGUCGGGAACGUACGUGUUAUGCGGUCCGUGAUUGAGAACGUAUGGAUACAACAGGAUCUGCGGGAAUUGGUAGAUGCAACGGGAACGAUACCAUGGUGGCUCUGUAUUGAGUCCGACCUGCCAGUACCUUGGUUUGCAUGA